AUGGGUAAAAGGAAGAGGGAAGAUUUCGUCAAUUACAUAGGAUCUGUUCUUCAGAAUUCUAUGUUGACUGGAAUACCACAAAUCGCGAGUGCUGCUAAUGCACCAAAGAGGAUUCUCAGAGCGCUGGUUUUUAUUUUCUGUCUGAUUGGAUUCGUUUACCAGUCGAUGGUUUUUAUGAACAUGUAUUGGGAGUAUAAAACCGUCAUAGAUAUACAAGUGGAAAAUCCGAAAAGAGCUGAAAUGCCAGCAGUCACCUUUUGCACCAACAAUGGAAUAAUGACAAGCAAAGUAUGCGCUGAUUCCAAAUUCAGUCAUAGAUGUAAGCCGGUGACAGCAUAUGAAGACAACGAAUUUUGCAACUGUAUGCCGAAUUUUUGCAUCGAUGGAGUUCUGCAGAAUUAUACGGUACCGUAUAUGCCCGUCGUGGACGAGCUCUCUCAUUCCGAGUACGAAGAGUAUAAACCUUUUCUCAUGCCACUGGACAAGCUGAUUGCUCGGUGCUACACCGAUUUCAAGGAAUUUGCUGAUGUUGAAAAAGACUGCGAACUUAAUUAUUACCAAAAUAUUCGCUGCCCCAAAGAAGACCACAAAGUCCUAUACGCCUGUUACACCCUGCACACCCUCAUUGGCCUCCCAGAUGGAGAAGAAGAAGAAGUGUCAACGCAAACAACCGAAAUCCUAGUACUGGAUUCCGUUCCAACCGAAUACAAUUUGAAAAUAAAAGAAGCAGAGUUCCAACUCUCGAUUCAUCACUCAAAGAACAUCUUGAAUCCUUAUGAUUAUGGUCACAGUUUAAAAAAAGGACAUACCAAUCUGUUCCGCUUGACAAAGACGGUGAAACAACUCCUUCCUCCGCCGUACGAAACGAACUGCAAAGAUUACCUAACAGAGUGGAAGAGCAGGGGAGGAAGAGGCCCAACGAACGAAAAGGAAUGCAUUGAAGAAUGCCAAAGGAAUAGCAGCAUGGAAAUAUUAGGUUGUAUAGUUCAUAUGCUGAAAGGACCCACAAACGAAAAGAUAUGCAAAUUAUAUCCAAGCGAUGAGCGGGUUCUGCAAGCUGCACACGAAUGUGCGGUUAAGAACUGUAAGCCUGCGUGUUAUGAAGUGUCUUAUGAAGCUACAAAGGAUGUUGUGAACUUCGACAUCAUUGGAAAUUGUUACGACAUAUUUGGAGACACCUUCAGCUCAGUGGCAAGGGUGGUAAUAAAACUGGAUGGAUUACAAACCACUACUUUCACUUACAGUCCUAAAUAUCAAAACAUUGAAACUUUUAGUUACGUCGGAGGUUACGUUGGAAUGUGGCUUGGAAUAUCUCUCGUCGCUGUGUUCGACUUCUUAGAAACCCUGGUGGUCAUUCUAAGGUACCCAUUUCGACAAAUCAUGGCACACAGAGCGAAGAAGCAAAGGGUGGAGCAAAUUCGCAAGUUGCAGAGAAGUGUGUGA